UUAAAGAAAAUAUUGAAUUAAUUAAUUGAUUAAAUUGUCAAGUUAUUUGUGUCAUAAAAAAAUCAUCUCGAGGAUAAUUCACAUAUUGUCAUGAAUUGUUAUAAUUAAAUAUAAACAAAAUGAAUGGUGAAUUAAUUGAUUGGUGUCUUCCAGAGGUUGUCAAGGUUCAAAGUGAAAAUGAUAUUCAACAAGAAUUAGCAAAUAAAAUUAAUGAACUUUCAAAAUCUAGAACAGGUGAUCUUGAAGAUGGUGAAAUUGUUGAUGAAAAAAAUAAUAAUUCAGCAGCUAUUGAUAAACAAGUACAAAAUGGAGAAAUUACUCCAUUUGAAGCUGAAUUUAAAAAAAAAACACAACCAAGUUCUAUGAAAAAUACUUUUAAUUCUGUAAGUGGACUUUUGGAUCUUGAAAAGUAUUUAAAAAGACAGGCUGAAGUUGGUGCACAAAGAAAAAAUUUACAAAAAAAUACAGUUAAAACAACAACUUCAAUUGAAUGUCAAAAAAAUAAAAAAAACUCAACCCCAUCAUGGACCGACAGUGAAGAAUACGAGGUACCUAAAGAUAAAGUAGCACGUUUUGAAAAAACUGAAGCAGAUUAUGUGGAAUCCUUAAUGGAAGUUCUUUCUUCAGCUGAUUCAAUUCGUCAAGUUAAGCAGAUAUUGAGUGACAAAGAAAAACUAUCGGAAGAUAUAGAAGAAGUCUUUGAUAGAGCUAUAAAAAAAGAAGAAAGAGAACAAAAAAAAGCUUCUGAAGUGCCCAUAAAACGUAUCAUUAACAAAAUUCGAAUAAUGAAAAAACGUGAAAGACAAUAUGAACUAGAAAAAUUAUUACGAACAUGUCAAGCUGAGUUGAAGAAGACCCAAUAUUAUGUAUUCAACACAGCAAUACCACAAUCUGAGAGAAAGAAGAGACAAGAUUUUUUGGAUAUAGAAUUAGAUCUCUUGCAAGAAUAUUUAUGGGUUACAAAAGAAUUUGUUCCACGUACUGACGAAGACCGCGCAAAACUUUGGUCAGCCAACAGCUGGCCUGAUUGUCCAGAAUUUGUCUCCAGAAAAGACACUCAAGAAUCAGAUAUGGAUGAAUCAGAUAUGGAUGAAUCAGAUAUGGAUGAAUCAGAUAUGGAUGAAUCAGACUCGAAUGAAUCAGACUUUGAUGAAGAGGUUGUCAAGGUUCAAAGUGAAAAUGAUAUUCAACAAGAAAUAGCAAAUAAGAUUGAUGAACUUUCAAAAUCCAGAACAAGUAAUCUUGAAGAUGGUGAAAUUGUUGAUGAAAAAAAUAAUAAUACAGUAGCUAUUGAUAAACAGGUACAAAAUGGAGAAAUUACUCCAUUUGAAGCUGAAUUUAAAAAAAAAACACAACCAAGUUCUAUAAAAAAUACUUUUAAUUCUGUAAGUGGACUUUUGGAUCUUGAAAAGUAUUUAAAAAGACAGGCUGAAGUUGGUGCACAAAGAAAAAAUUUAAAAAUACAAAAAAAUACAGUUAAAACAACUUCAAUUGAAUGUCAAAAAAAUAAAAAAAGUAUUAAACAAGUUAAACGAAAAUCCAAGAAUAUUGAUUCAACAAAUGAUAAAUCAUCAAGUUUAAAAAUUGUCAAUGAAAAUAAAGCAGAGAUUAUUGAUGAAAAAAUAAAUAAUUGUAUGAAAAAUUCAAGUGACAGUGGAAGUGAAUAUAUACCAAGUGCUGAUGAAAUUGAUUCAGAUGAUGAAAAAUUUAAAAAAAAAUUAUCAAAAAAAAGAAAACGUUUAAAUAAAGAUGAUCAAUAUAAAGAUAAUAAUUUAAAAAAAAGAAUACUUGAUGAUGGUGAUGAAUCAUUAUGGAAAAAACGUAUUGAAAAUAAAAAAAAUUAUUUAAAUACAAAACAAAGUGAUUUAAAAGUAGUGGAUAAUUUAUUUAAAGUACCAAAAUUAAUAUGGAAAAAAUUAUAUGAAUAUCAAAAAGUAUCUGUACGUUGGCUUUGGGAAUUACAUGGACGUGGUCUUGGUGGUUUAUUGGGUGAUGAAAUGGGACUUGGUAAAACAGUACAAAUAAUUGCAUUUCUUGCUGGACUUGAUUGUAGUGAAUUAUUAUCAGAUGGUAGUAGAUUUCGUGGUCUUGGACCAACACUUAUAAUAUGUCCAGCAACAUUGCUAGAACAAUGGGUUGAACAUUUUCAUAAUUGGUCACCAUGUUUAAGAGUUGUUAGUCUUCAUCAAUCAUCAACAUUUAAUGGUGAUACAGAUGAAUUAUUAGAUAGUUUAAAAAGUGGUGGUAUAUUAUUAUCAUCAUAUAGUGGUGUAUUAAGAAAUGCUGAAUUUUUAUUACCAUAUCAAUGGCAUUAUGUUAUACUUGAUGAAGGACAUAAAAUAAGAAAUCCACAAGCUAAAAUAACAAAAGUUGUUAAAAAAUUUACAACACCACAUAGAUUAUUAUUAACUGGUAGUCCAAUGCAAAAUUCAUUAAAAGAAUUAUGGUCAUUAUUUGAUUUUAUAUUACCAGGUAAACUUGGUACAAUUGAUGCAUUUAUUGAACAUUGUGCUGGACCAAUAACACGUGGUGGUUAUUCAAAUGCAACACCAUUACAAGAAGCAACAGCAUUACAUAUUGCAACAAUGCUUAAAGAUGCUAUUAGUCCAUAUAUGAUUAGAAGAACAAAAAAUGAUGUACAACAUCAUCUUAAAUUACCAGAUAAAAAUGAACAAGUAUUAUUUUGUUGUUUAACUGAUGAACAAAGUGAUUUAUAUAAAAAUUAUCUUAUAUCAGAAAAUAUACGUACAAUGGUGCAUGAAAAAAAUUUUACAAAUGGUCAUCAUAGAGCUAAAUUAUUAGUUGCAUUAACAUCAUUAAGAAAAAUUUGUAAUCAUCCAGAUUUAUUUACACUUAGUAAUGAUAAUGAUGAUGUUGAUGUUGAUAAAAUUAUUAAUGAUGAAGAUGAUGAUGAUAUAGAAAUUGAUCUUAGUAAAUUUGGUAAUUGGAAAAAAUCUGGUAAAAUGACAGUUGUUAGAUCAUUAUUAAAAAUUUGGAAACGUCAAAAACAUAGAGCUGUUAUAUUUACCCAAAGUCGUCAAAUGAUGCAUGUUUUAGAAAAUUUAGUACAACAAGAAAAUUAUAAAUAUAUUAGACUUGAUGGUACAACACCAAUGAGUGAAAGACAAACAUGUAUUAGAAAUUUUAAUGAAAAUGAAGAUUAUUUUGUAUUUAUAUCAACAACAAGAGUUGGAGGAUUGGGAAUUAAUUUAACUGGUGCUGAUAGAGUUAUUAUUUAUGAUCCAGAUUGGAAUCCAGCAACAGAUGCACAAGCACGUGAACGUACAUGGAGAAUUGGACAAAAUAAAAAAGUUACAAUUUAUCGUUUAAUAACUGCUGGUACUAUUGAAGAAAAAAUAUAUCAUCGUCAAAUAUUUAAAAUAUUAUUAUCAAAAAAAGUAUUAGAUGAUCCAAGACAAAAAAGAAUAUUUCAAACAUCUGAUUUAAGUGAAUUAUUUAAUUUAAAUGAACCAAUUGAUGGUUCAAUAACUGAAUCAAAUAAAUUAUUUAAAAAUUCAAAUAUAAUUAUUAAAAAAAAAAAUAUAUCAGCUAAUUUUGAAGGUGAAAAAGUUGAUUAUCUUGUUGGUAAAAGAUUUACUACAAAUAAUAAUCAAGAUGAACAAGUUAUUGAUGAUGAUAGUUAUGUAUUAAAUAAAUUAUUUUCAAAAUCAUCAUUAAAUUCAGCAAUGGGAUAUGAUAAUGUAUUGUCAAGUGCUAAUUGUGAUGAUACAUCAAUAACACCAAUGCAACGUAUGGCUCGUGAAACUGCACAAGAAAGUAUGGAUUUUAUUCGUCAAUCACGUAAAUGGUGUCAUAAACUUUCUUGGGAAUAAUAAACAUUAUUUAAUAUUUUCAUAAAUUAUUGUAAACUAUAUUUUUAAAAAUA